AUGGCGGGUUCCAACACGGUUGCCCCGUUGGUGCACGACCACUGCAGAUACGAAUCCCCCAACUGUUACCAUGCAGGACACCCGCCGUACGCGGACUGCGCUGCAAAGAUACACCACGUUGUUCGCCAACACGGAGAACAUGGACCCUAUCUCGUGACAUCUCCGAAUAUACCCAACGCCGACUUCAGCAUUACCGUGGCCACCAGCGCAAACUUCGUUAACAAGCAUGUCGGAACACGCCCCCUCCAACCGGAACUGAAAUCCAAAAGGAAGAUCCCGAAGAAGGCGAAGGCUGUGCUGGCGCCUCUGCGCAAGUUACCCAAACUGACCAGCUGCAGCAUCAGUUUCAACAGAAAAUCCAAACAUAAUCUUGGAGGCUUGGCCCGCGAUGCGGCCCUCCAGGUCAUCAGUAAUCGGCCUGCAUUGCCCUUCCACCGGUACAACGACCUCCCCAGCGAACUCCGCCUGAGAAUUCUAAGUUACACCGAUCUCGUAUUGCCCGUGAAGGAAGUCUUCUGGUCCGACUCCAGUGGUUAUGCCAUUACUACGAUCAAGAACCCUACGGAACAGGCUCCCCUUGCUGUCGAGGAUUUGUUCUCCACCGGACCGCCGCCCCUUGCCGGCCAGCGUUCGGCUUGCAAAUUUGUUGCUUACGGCAAUGCUCCCACUGCUCUGUUCCUCGUCAGCAAGGCCUUCGCCGAAGAAGCCCACGUCGUCUUCUUUGGUCAGAACAACAUAAUCGUUCCGUUGAAUGAUUCGGUCGGAGACCUGACAGUUCAUUUUGGUUCCCCACAUCCGCCUGAGUGGUACCUGGACAAAAUCAACGACGCCACUGAGGAGGAAGAUUCGUCUAACACCCUCGAGUAUUUCCAGACACAAGGCCUGAACCUGAAACUCCUCCAAUUGGACGUAUCGAGAAAGUCCAGACCGCGGAUGAUCUCGAGCGAAAUGUGGGCGAACGGAGCUACAGUUACAAACCUAGAUUCACAAGCGGAUACAAUCAAUAUCCCAGGCCUGAGGUUGUGGGAGGAUUUAUUCACGGCUAAGGCCAUCGUCUCGCUGAGAGCGUUCGUAGCCCAGAAAUCCUGGCCGUUCGACAGCGACGGAGCUCCGUUUGGCGUACGGCAGCUCAAUGUCAACCUCAAGCGAGUCACCUUCGAAUUCCACCCUGGUGUCACUUCCAACCUAACAGUGUUCUACCAUCUGCGUCGCAGAUCAGAGUUGAUGUCGGCGGAAACACAUAAAGAAUCCCAUAAGCUCGGAAUGACUAGGAUCUCACCUGAUGUGGUGCUUCCCCGCAACGAUGACCUAGAGGGGGCACCGGACAAGAAGGGUGAAUGGAUCGAGGAGGCCUGGGUGAGCUUUCCGGGUUGGUGA